AUGGCGCUCAGUAAGACCUUUGGGCAAAAGCCGGUGAAAUUCCUGCUGGAAGACGAUGGGGAUUAUUACAUGAUCGGCUCGGAGGUGGGAAACUACUUGCGCAUGUUCAGAGGUUCUAUAUAUAAGAGGUACCCCUCAUUAUGGAGGAAACAGGCCUCUGUGGAAGAGCGGAAGAAGAUUGUAGAGUCAUCUCAUGAUCAUGGAUACACACAGUUGGCCACCAGCGUCACUCUACUCAAAGCCUCGGAGGUGGAGGAGAUUCUGGAAGGAAAUGAUGAGAAAUACAAAGCCGUGUCCAUCGCCGAGCCCCCAGCCUACAUCAAGGAGCAGAAGGCAAAGAGGAACACUCAGUGGGUUCCGACGUUACCAAACAGCUCCCAUCAUCUGGACGCUGUUCCCUGCUCCACCACCAUCAACCGCAGCCGAGUGGGACGAGACAAGAAGAGGACCUUCCCUCUCUGUUUUGAUGACCAUGACCCGGCUGUCAUUCACGAAAAUGCCACUCAGGCUGAAGUGCUGGUGCCGAUCCGCCUCGACAUGGAGAUCGAAGGACAAAAACUCCGAGAUGCCUUCACCUGGAACAUGAACGAGAAGCUCAUGACUCCGGAGAUGUUUGCCGAGAUCCUGUGCGACGACCUGGACCUGAAUCCUCUGGCGUUCGUCCCGGCCAUCGCCUCCGCCAUCCGACAACAGAUAGAGUCCUACCCCACGGACAGCAUCCUGGACGAGCAGAUGGACCAGAGAGUCAUCAUUAAGUUGAACAUCCAUGUGGGGAACAUCUCGCUGGUGGACCAGUUUGAGUGGGACAUGUCGGAGCGGGAGAACUCUCCGGAGAAGUUUGCCCUGAAGCUGUGCUCGGAGCUGGGCCUCGGAGGAGAGUUCGUCACCACCAUCGCCUACAGCAUCAGGGGACAACUGAGCUGGCACCAGAGAACCUACGCUUUCAGCGAGAACCCGCUGCCGACAGUGGAGAUUGCUAUCCGAAACACAGGAGACGCAGACCAGUGGUGCCCGCUGCUGGAGACACUCACAGACGCAGAGAUGGAGAAGAAGAUCCGGGACCAGGACAGAAACACCAGGCGAAUGCGGCGACUGGCGAAUACAGCCCCAGCCUGGUGA